AAACCGCCCAAAACAGAGCGGCAACGUGCAGAGAAACCGAAACUCAUCCCAAAACCCCAUUGCUUCGCCCGAGCUUUUGCCUCUGUAAAUUUCUUGGCCGCCAUUGAUUCAGUCACCGAGCUUCUGAGUGAGAGACUCGUCUUCUCGUAUCGGUUUCUAGAGAUUGAGAGAUGCAGAGGAGGCGAAUAAGAGCGUUGUUGGUCACGAGAAAGCUUCUAACGUGCACCAUGUGUUCAAUGGCGCUAGUUGUCGUACUCUCUGUUCCGGUCCAGGUCUUUCCUUCGUCCAGAGACGUUCCGAUCUUCUCUCGCAGUGACAGGCUCCCUACGCAUCGUGAAUUGAAAUUUCAGAGGCCGGCUCUAAAGCAAAGCUUGACACAAGAACUGGUACCACCACAUUGGUUGAGAGCCUCUCGUCCUGUUCGCAAGGCCUCAGUUUUUGAUGAUCUUUGGGAUCCUCCUUCGAAUCGUGAUUUCUUUCCCUGCACUGAGCCUAGUCUCAAUUACUCAACUCCUGGAGAGUCAAGAGGUUACCUUCUGGUUCAUGCGAAUGGAGGGCUUAAUCAGAUGCGUGCAGGGAUAUGUGACAUGGUAGCUAUAGCUCGUAUAAUUAAUGCAACCCUUGUAAUUCCCGAACUUGACAAACACUCAUUUUGGAAGGACUCUAGCAACUUCUCAGAUAUUUUUGAUCAAGAUCAUUUUAUUAAUGCUCUUUCCAAUGAUGUAAAAGUCAUUAAGAAGCUUCCCAAGGUGUUAGCUACCGCUACAAGAGUAGUUAAGCAUUUUAGAAGCUGGUCUGGUAUAGAUUACUACCAGGAUGAGAUAGCUAGCAUGUGGGAAGAUUAUCAGGUUAUUCGAGCAGCAAAAUCAGAUUCUCGCUUAGCAAAUAACAACCUUCCUGCUGACAUACAGAAGUUGCGAUGCCGUGCUUGUUAUGAAGCCUUACGUUUUGCACCUAAAAUUGAAGCAAUGGGAAAGCUUUUGGUGGGUCGUAUGAGGACCUAUGGUCCUUACAUUGCUUUACAUUUACGGUAUGAGAAGGAUAUGCUCUCAUUCAGUGGAUGCACACAUGAUUUGUCUCCUGCUGAAGCUGACGAGCUGAGGACGAUUAGGGAGAACACAUCUUACUGGAAAGUGAAAAACAUCAAUCCCAAGGAACAAAGAUCUAAAGGGUAUUGCCCCCUUACUCCAAAGGAGGUUGGAAUUUUUCUAAACGCUCUUGGAUACCCAUCAAAUACUACUAUAUACAUUGCAGCCGGCAAUAUAUAUGGGGGUGAUUCUCACAUGUCUGAUCUUCAAUCACGAUAUCCCUUGUUAAUGAGGAAGGAAUUGUUAUUAUCAUCUGAGGAGCUUGCACCUUUUAUCCAUCACGCAUCUCAGAUGGCUGCUCUAGACUACAUUGUAUCUGUUGAAAGUGAUGUAUUUAUGUCCUCAUAUUCUGGAAACAUGGCUAGGGCAGUCGAAGGUCACCGCCGUUUCCUUGGACAUAGGAGGACAAUAUCACCAGACAGGAAAGUCCUCGUUCGCCUGUUUGACAAACUGGAACGAGGAACCAUGAAAGAGGGGGAUAAUUUAGCCAGCCGAAUUAUUGAAUUACACAAGAGAAGGCAAGGUUCUGCAAGGAAAAGAAAAGGCCCCAUUUCAGGAAGUAAGGGAAUGGAAAGGUUCCGUUCAGAAGAAGCGUUUUAUGUUAAUCCUUUGCCCGAUUGUCUAUGUCAGAGAGAAAAAUCAAAUUCACAAACAUCUUUCAUUCGCAGAUGAAAGUUUUUGAUGUAUGGGUGUGAAUAGAAGGCAUUGCGGAUGGCAGAGUGUGUGUAUAUCACGAGAAUACAGGCAGCAGUUGAGGGUUAGAAAAUUGAAGAAAGGAUACUGCAGGAUGCGGAUUGGUCAGAAAAAUAUUCUAAGUGCUGGUCGGUCAACAUCUACUUGUUGACUACAACAAAAGAGAGAUGCAUUAUUUUUCAAAAUUUUUGUCAGUGAUCAGCAACUUAGAUUUCAAUGAUAACAUUGAAUGUUAUCUGAUAAAGUUACAUUACAUUUUCCUUUCUACUUUAAUAGCCUUGUAAUUUACAUAAAUAGACAUUUAUAUAAUCAAUAAAGUGCUUCAGUUUUUUUUCUU